CUAAACUGAUAGAACUGGGGGCCCCUGAUCAUAUUCUGGCGAGGUCGGGUGGAGACGUGCCACUGACGACCCGACUUUCGAGAGGGCGGGGUCUCGGGCUCUAUUAUUUAAUGCUUCCACCCUUCUUCGUUCUCAGAACCCGUUAAGCGGCUUUGAGCAAGAUGGGUGUCUAUCGCGUCCGCGUGUCCACUGGUACCUCUCUCUACGCGGGCUCCGCUAACCAGGUGCAACUGUGGUUGGUCGGCCAGCACGGGGAGGCGGCGCUCGGCGUGCUGCUAAGGCCAGCCAGAGACCAGGAACAGGAGUUCAAGGUGGAAGUCUCAGAGUACUUGGGGUCCCUGCUGUUUGUGAAAGUGCGCAAAAGGCACCUCAUUAAGGAUGACAACUGGUUCUGCAACUGGAUCUCUGUGCAGGGCCCUGGAGGUGGAGGGCCUGAGUACAGGUUCCCUUGUUACCGUUGGGUGCAGGGCAACCACAUCUUGAGCCUUGCUGAGGGCACUGGCUGCACAGUGGUUGAAGACUCUCAAGGCCUUUUCAAGAAGCACAGGGAAGAGGAACUGGAGGAGAGAAGGAAGUUGUACAAGUGGGGUAACUGGAAGGCUGGCUUAGUCCUGAAUGUGGCUGGGACUAGUUUAUCUGACCUCCCUGAAGAUGAGCGAUUUCUGGAAAACAAGAGAGUUGACUUUGAAGCUUCACUGGCCGUAGGGCUGGCUGACCUGGCUGUCAAAAGAUCUGUGAAUUUUCUGAGUAACUGGAAUGAUGUGGAUGACUAUAACCGGAUUUUUUGGUGUGGCUACAGCAAGCUGGCUGAGCGAGUGCGGCAGUCCUGGAAGGAGGAUGCCUUCUUUGGGUAUCAGUUUCUCAAUGGCGCCAACCCCAUGCUGCUGAGGCGCUCCAUUCAGCUUCCUGAACGCCUAGUGUUUCCUCCAGGGAUGGAGGAACUGCAGGCUCAGUUGCAGAAGGAGCUCAAGGAAGGCACCUUGUUUGAAGCUGAUUUUUACCUACUGGAUGGGAUCAAGGCCAAUGUCAUCUGUAAUCACCAACAGCACCUGGCUGCCCCUCUGGUCAUGCUGAAACUGCAGCCUGAUGGGCAACUCUUACCCAUGGCCAUUCAGCUCCAACUGCCAAAGAUCGGAUCUAUUCCGCCACCGCUUUUCCUGCCCACGGAUCCCCCAGUGGUCUGGCUCUUGGCCAAAUGCUGGGUCCGUAGCUCUGAAUUCCAGCUUCAUGAGCUGCAGUCUCAUCUUCUGAGAGGACACUUGAUGGCUGAGGUCUUUGCUGUGGCCACCAUGAGGUGCCUUCCAUCAGUACAUCCUGUCUUCAAGCUUAUAGUUCCUCACCUGCGAUACACCAUGGAAAUUAACCUUCGGGCCAGGAAUGGGCUGGUCUCAGACUGUGGAAUUUUUGACCAGGUGGUGAGCGUAGGUGGGGGAGGCCAUCUGGAUCUGCUGAGGCGUGCUGGAGGUCUUCUGACCUAUAGCUCAUUAUGUCCCCCUGAUGACUUAGCUGACCGGGGGCUCCUGGAAGUCAAGUCUUCCUACUAUGCUCAAGAUGCACUGCGGCUCUGGGAAAUCAUCCGUCGGUAUGUGGAAGGAAUUAUGGAUCUGUACUAUAAGACAGAUGUGGCUGUGAGAGAUGACCCUGAGCUGCAGAACUGGUGUCGAGAGAUCACUGAAAUUGGGCUGCUAGGGGCCCAGGACCGAGGGUUUCCCACCUCUCUCCAGUCUCGGGCCCAGGCUUGCCACUUUGUCACCAUGUGCAUCUUCACCUGCACUGGGCAGCACUCUUCCAUUCACCUGGGCCAGUUGGAUUGGUUCUCUUGGAUCCCUAAUGCACCCUGCACCAUGAGGCUGCCCCCACCAACUACCAAGGAUGCCACUAUGGAGACAGUGAUGGCCACACUGCCCAGUGUUAAUCAGGCUACUCUCCAGAUGUCCAUCAUUUGGCAACUUGGCAGACGCCAGCCCAUUAUGGUGCCUCUGGGCCAGCAUGAGGAGGAGUAUUUUUCAAGUCCUGGGCCCAAGGCUGUGCUGAAGAGGUUCAGGGAGGAGCUGGCUGUCCUGGACAAGGAAAUCGAGGUCCGGAAUGAAAACCUAAACAUACCCUAUGAGUACCUGAGACCCAGCCUGGUGGAAAAUAGUGUGGCCAUAUGAGUGUCCCAAGCUUUUGGUUGUUUUAGCUCUCCUCCGCCCAAACCACAGCCACCCUUCCCAAAUGUGACCUUUCCCUUGUCUCUGCCCCUUGGAACAUAUUUCAUUUUAGAUGCGUCAUCUAGGUGCCUCUAUUCUUUCCUCUUUUCCUCCCUCCCUCUCUUCUUUGCUUACCAUUCAGAUCUCCUCUAGGGCCAAUAAUAGCCACCUUUUACAAACUAUUUCAAGAAUAUGAUAGAAUGAUAGCAUAUAUAUUGCACCACACCUUUUAUGAAUUGAAUUUGAUUUUGAACCUAAAUUUUAAUAACAGCAAAAGAUGUUUUACACUAGUGAUAGAAAAGAGCUUACACCCAGCUAUUUUAAAUAAAGUAUUGCUAAAAGAA